AUGCCUACACAUCGCUUGUACGCAGCCAAAGACAAAAGGACUCUCCAGGCUCAUCGCAUCACCCACGUGCUUAACGCAGCUGAUGGGAAGUUCAACGUGAACACAGGGCCCAGCUUCUACCGAGACACCGCGAUCACUUAUCAUGGAGUCGAAGCUUUUGACAUGCCAUCCUUUGACUUGAGUCCCUUCUUUUACCCAGCGGCCAAUUUCAUCAAGAGCGCUUUGAGCUCUCCCACAGGUAAAGUCUUCGUCCACUGUGCAAUGGGCCUCAGCCGCUCAUCCACCUUGGUUCUGGCUUACCUGAUGAUCCAUGAGAACAUGACACUGGUGGACGCCAUCAAAGCUGUGGGCGCCAACAGGAACAUUUGUCCCAAUAACGGGUUCUUGGAGCAGCUCCGAGCACUGGACACAAAGCUCCACUGCCAGGGAUUAUCCAGGAGCCUCAACGGGCGGACGUAAAAAUAAAAUCCUUCAGUCCAUAAAUUUGGAUGAUAUUUUUGACCCCUGUCCAUAUCUGAGUGUUAAAAACCUAUUACAGUGACAAUGUGAAUGUAGAGCAUCCCAUAAUUGUCUGUGCUUUGUAAGAUAAAUUGAAUUUUUGU